AUGAUCCCCGGAUGUGCUGGAAGAUAUAGAUUCGUCAAGUUUGUUGGCCAGGGUGCAUUCUCUAAGAUUGCCGUAGCUGAAGAUUUGAAGUUACACAAAGAAGUUGCAGUCAAAAUCUUAGAUAGAAGACAAAUAUGGGAAAAUGGCUUAUUGGAAUACACAGAAAGAGAGUUAAGACUCAUCCAAAGAAUGAACCAUCCAAGUUUGCCAGCUGUUCAAGACAUUAUUUAUGACGAAUCAUCCAUCAUGAUUGUCAUGGAGUAUCUCCCCAAUGGAACAAUCAUAGAUUCCUUGAAUAACAAAAUAUUCAUGACACUAAAUGAAAGGAUUGAGAUUUGCUAUAAGAUUCUUGAAGGCAUUGCAUAUAUGCAUGAAAGAGGCAUUGCACAUAGAGAUAUCAAACCAGAGAACAUAGUGUUUGAUCUUGAUAACAAUCCCAAGAUUGUUGACUUUGGUUUCUCUUGUGAUCAUUGCGACAACAAACGCACAUUCUGCGGGACACCAGUUUAUAUGGCUCCCGAGAUUAUCCUCAGGAAGAACUACCACGCAAUGAAGGCUGACAUUUGGUCAUUUGGCGUUACUGCCCAUAUUAUUUUAACAAUGGCAUUUCCUUUUAAAUUUAUAAAUGAAGCAAAGUAUUUCAAAGAUAUUAAAAAUUGCUCAUUAGAGAAGUAUAACUUAUGCCCUGGAUUACUUGGAAAGUAUAUUGACAUGUGCCUAGAGUAUGAUCCAAGUAAAAGACCAACUGCAAGUGAAUUAUUAGCUUUGUUCUCAAGAUUCCUUGAUGACAAGUCUCCAAAGGUUAGUAACACUUGCAAGAAUGUAACCAAUAAGAUUAAAGUUCCUCAGCUCAAUGUCCAAAGUAAAAGUAACAAUAAUCACUUCAAAACAGGAAGAGAUAUCUACACAGGACUUGCCAUUAAAGCUAAGGCAAAUUAUAGGUUGAGAAGAGUAAGUUCAGUCUAA